GGUUGGCGACUCAAGAUGGCGGCACUGCGGCCGGGCCGUUUGGGGCUGGGGUCUCUUCUCCUGCUGCUGCUCGCUGUGGGCGACGAAGCGGCCCGACCCGAAUUAGAGCCUGUUCCGGAGUCCCUCUCCGAGUCUUUCGAGCCGGCGCUGGGGAACACCGCCCCUUGCCAGCGGACCUGCCAGAGCACCUACCCGCUCCAUACUUACCCCAAGGAAGAAGAGCUCUAUGCCUGUCAAAGGGGCUGCAGACUCUUCUCCAUUUGUCAGUUUGUGGAUGAUGGGAUUGAUUUGAAUCGGACCAAGUUGGAAUGUGACUCUGCAUGUUCUGAGGCAUAUACCUCUCAGUCUGAUGAACAAUAUGCCUGCCGUCUUGGAUGCCAGAAUCAGUUACCGUAUGCUGAACUGAGACGAGACCAUCUCAUGUCCUUAAUGCCAAGAAUGCAUCUUCUGUUCCCCCUUACGCUUGUGAGAUCAUUCUGGAGUGAUAUGAUGGAAACAGCCCACAGCUUCAUCACCUCCUCAUGGACUUUCUACCUUCAAGCUGAUGAUGGCAAAAUAGUAAUAUUCCAGUCAAAGCCAGAAGUUCAGUACAUUGAAAGUCCUGGUCAGGAAACACAGGAUUCAAAAGAACCAUCAUUUCGCAAAGCAUCUUUAGAUCUGCAGCCAGGAGGUCCACAGUCACACAAGGGAUUCUUCGACGAGGAUGAAAGUGAUAACUUCUUCAAAUGUGUUUCAAUAAAUUCUGGCUGGAUACUGACAACCACACUUGUCCUUUCUGUACUGGUGUUGCUCUGGAUUUGUUGUGCAACUGUUACUACUGCUGUGGAGCAAUAUGUUCCAUCUGAGAAGCUGAGUAUCUAUGGGGAUUUGGAAUACAUGAAUGAACAAAAACUGAAUCGAUAUCCAACUUCUGCUCUCAUUGUGGUUAAAUGCAAGGCUGAUGAAGAAGAAGCUGGACCUCUACCUACGAAAGUUAACUUGACUCAGUCAGCAAUAUAGAUUUAAAAAAUGAAUUCAUUAUCUUAUUCUAAGACUUCUGUUAACUUUGGUGACUUUUUCCAAUGAAGAGGCUUGUGCACGGGUAGUCAAAGUUCAGAUUCAAAUAAAGUUACAGAAUUGAUUACUGUUAUACUGUCAUGGAAUUCAGUCUCAUUUUCCACGAGUAAAGGAAAUUGUGUUGAGCAAAUGGGGUUUGUAGAGCAUUUACAUUUAUUUGCAUCUUUUUUUUGCUUACCAAAAAUCAUAAGUAUUGUCUAUACAUUAAGGUUGUGGUAUUUUCAAAUUAUGAACAUCUGUUGGUAUCAGAAUGUAUAUUUGGAAUCUUGUUUCUAAUAGUGUAAGGAUUUUUUGUGGUCAAAGAUGCCUUUUAAGUUGUCUUCUCAGCUGUGGAUAAAUGAAACUAACAUGUAGAAUUGCUUAGAAAUCCUUAGUGUUUCAAAUGGCUCAUUUUCCACAAUAAGAGUACAUUUUUGUUGACCUUUGUGCCAGUUUCUGGCACUGAAGUACUGUGGGUCAGAAAUAAAACUUUAAUAUAUAGAGGAAUCUAUUAUGGUGUCACUUCUGUAUCCUAAAACAAAUAAACUUCCCUGACUUUCAUUUGCUACAUUUGUCGGCUCAGAGAGGUGACUAAUUUAAACAACAACAACCUUUCCCUAAAAAACAGGCAACAUUGGUGGCAGACAAAAAUUUCUAUGUAUAUUGGACAUUGGUAUAUUUGACAUUGACUUGUUCAUAAGAAGUCUCUUGACUCUCACUUCUUCACACACCAGUUGAAAUUGAUAAAUACUACUUUCAAUUUUAAACUAGCCAAACUUCCCUCUUAUGUAGAUGCCAGCCAAGAUCUGAAACCAUGGUUUGAUCCUGGCUUGUGUUCGCUAUACAGAGCUGUUGCUAGGAUCUGUUAGUUCAAAACUGAAAUAAAAAGUUUUCAAUUUCUUCCUCAAAGCAGGGAAGAUACUCACAAGCCCAAGGAUGUUGGAACUCAUUCUUGAAAUAUAUAAUCAUGGUUUUCCACUAUGCAUAAACUCAGACACAGUUUACACUUAACCCGUUCUGGGACAUGGUCAGCUUUUAAAAACCUACUUAAUGAAUAAGAAUACAUCAUUACAUUGAUGCUUGUGACUAAACAAAUGUCUUGUCUAAUACAAUUUUAUAAAUCAGUACUUUCCAGGAGAGUUUGCAAGUUCUAAUUUAUUGUUAAUAUAAUUCUAAAUGUGUUGCAUUGGGAAUCUUAUUUCAGUAUUUUUUUUACAAGUGCUCUAAAAAUAUUUAAUGUUUUAAAAUUUAUUUUACCCUUGCUAAUUGGUAAAAACGUUCUGGAAAAUUAUAAGCAUCUUUAUUCGGUUUACUGAAGUGUCCAUGCUUCAAGUAAAUGACGAACAACAGAAGAGGCAACUAUUGUAAACUCUAUGGUAAAGUGAAAAGCCAAUAAAAUUGGUAUGCCAUUCUCUAUAAAUAUCACUUGAGAGCAUCUCUGCAUUAUUAUAAAGCUGAUAAUUCUCUAUUACAGUGGUGGUAGAAAAUGAGGUUUUCUGUCUAAAUGUUGAUCAAUGGGAGCCUAAUAUAAUAACUUGCAAGGGCAAUCAUUAAACAAGUUAUAUUGCUGUGGUUUCAUCUAGUCAAUACAAAUUUUGAAGUUUAAAACUUGCCCUAUUUCUUAAAGUGACACUCCUUUAUCAAUCUGUGAAAUAGUUUCUUUCAAGCAACUUUUGCAACUCAGUUGCUGUUUGUGUUGUACGACAACUUCUGCAAUGCCAAUUGUCUUGAUUUUUCACUUGCUGGGCUGAAAUACUGUUGCAUUAUGCACCAAUUACUUCAACUACAUUUGUUUUAACUUAUACAUUUGUUUUUCAUUUGGAUUCUUGUUUUAGGAGAUGCCUUUGCAAAAUAAUCCAGACUAUAUACAGUAAAGGUUAAAUGGACUGAAAUGUAGUACCCUUACUUUGAAGAUUUAGUAUUGUUGAACUAAGGAUUCCAUGUUGCUAUGAUGUUACUGGAUUCUUCUCUCACUGUGACAACUUGAGCUGAAAUCUGUUUAAAGGUCUACAAUAAAUCAAUGGCUAAAAGAA